AUGGCCGGCAGACCCUCGCUUGCGCCUUUCCUUCAAAAUUCGUCCUUGCAGACCCCUGGCCGUUCGAGCAACGCAAAUUCACCUUGGAGUGCCCGCGAUGGAAAUGAUCUGGACAACCUCACGCUGAGUUUACCGCCUAUAAAUCCAGACAUAGAUGUCGACAACGACUUCGAUCUCCCACCAUUUUUGGAUAGUCAUCGGUUUUUCGGCGUCGAACCGGGCGCUUCAUCAUCAAAUACCUCUGGAACGAACAACCUCACCUCCGCCCCACCAUCAGAUCGAGACCCAGCACAUCGACGUCAACCGCCACCAUCAGAUCAACAACAAAGUGCAAGACCACGAGCUCGCCGAAGCUCUUUCACAGAACAGUACAGAAUAUCGAGUUCGCCCGAUCCAUACGGAAGCUUUAUCGAUCUCGACGAUCUGCAAGGCUUGGACGAUUUGGAGGGGUUCAGCGAAAUCGAACAUCAAGAACAGUCGAGAAACACAACAUCAGACAUGCCAGCCACGACACGAACAGGCACUCGACGAGCGAGUAUCGUCGACCUGACAAAUUCGCCCACUCAAUCACGUCUAACAAAACGAAAAAGAAGUGCGCCACAUGCGGAUGAAGGCCAUAACAGGCACAAAGUGGCAAGGACGGCCGCCUCUCCUUCCAGGAAUCGUCCCAGCGUUCCACCAAAAGAAGAAGAAGAAGUAGAAGUGGUCGAUUUGGCAGAUGUGGAAAAUGAACAGCAAUAUCAGGAUCUGCGAGCAAAGAAGGCUGCGGAGCUAUCGAAGAAGCAAGCUCUGGACGAGGCGACAAGACCAGUAAAAUUGGCACAAUUCAAUUGUAUUAUCUGCAUGGAUCAACCCACAGAUCUGACUGUCACACAUUGUGGGCACAUGUUUUGCUCCGAAUGCCUUCAUCAAGCACUCUACGCUGGCGAUAAGAAAUGCUGUCCAGUUUGCAGAACCGCAAUUACCAUGCCGACCCCACGAGACAAGAAACUCCCAAGCAAGGGAAUAUUUGCUCUGGAAAUGAAACUCAUGACGCGGAAGAAGGUAGGGAAACAGCCAAUGCGACGGGUUGAUUGA